UCUCACCAAACAUACGAGACAUUGCACUUGUGCAUGCAAUAAUCUUAGAAGUCCAACAGGUUAAACAAAUGUUGUAGUUAAUACUCCAUUGACGUACAGCACCUAACCAACCGAAGUGCAACUUGGUUAGGAAGACAAACUGCCAGGCCCAAUUGACACUACUUCGAAGGCAACUAGUCGCCCAUGAUAGAAGAAGUUAUAAGCAGUUAGCAGUAUAUAUCCUUGGCUACAGAUCGCAAGCAAGGCUCGAAGCGUAUACAAAGGCAUCUGUAGAGAUAGCUAGAGGCUUGAGCAGGGCAGAAACGGAGCUGUGACAUCUUUGAGCAAAUGGGAGGCGUGCACGGUGUGUGCUAUGGCGUGCUCGGGGACAACCUGCCCUCGCGGCCGGAAGUGGUGCAGCUCUACAAGUCCCGCAACAUCCACGCCAUGCGCAUCUACUACCCGGACCAGGAGGCCCUCGCCGCCCUCCGCGGCAGCGCCAUCGGUCUCAUCCUCGACGUGGGCGGCGUCGACGCGGUUCGCGACCUCGCCAACACCCCCGCCGCCGCCGCCGCCUGGGUCCAGGCCAACGUUCAGGCCUACUACCCGCACGUCCUCAUCCGGUACAUCGCCGUCGGCAACGAGGUGCCCGCGGGCGACGCGGGGCUCAUCCUCCCGGCCAUGCGGAACCUCAACGGCGCCCUGGCCGCGGCCGGCUUCGGCAGCAUCAAAGUAUCCACGUCGGUGAGGUUCGACGUCAUCACCAACUCCUACCCGCCCUCCAACGGCGUGUUCGCGCAGUCCUACAUGACGGACAUCGCGCGGUACCUGGCGAGCAUCGGCGCGCCGCUGCUGGCCAACGUGUACCCCUACUUCGCCUACAGAGACAACCCGCGCGACAUCAAGCUCAACUACGCGACCUUCCAGCCGGGCACGACCGUGAGGGACGACGGCAACGGGCUGACCUACACGAACCUCUUCGACGCGAUGGUGGACGCCAUCUACGCCGCGCUGGAGAAGGCCGGGGCGCCGAACGUCAGGAUCGUCGUGUCGGAGAGCGGGUGGCCGUCGGCCGGCGGGUUCGCGGCGAGCGUGGACAACGCACGGACGUACAACCAGGGCCUGAUCGACCACGUCCGGCAAGGCACGCCCAAGAGGCCCGGGGUGCUGGAGACGUACGUGUUUGCCAUGUUCAACGAGAACCAGAAGACAGGGGAUCCAACGGAGAGAAACUUUGGGCUCUUUUACCCGGACAAGUCGCCUGUCUACCCGAUCACCUUCCCUAAUUAACAUGUUGAUUAACACUUGAAGCGGCAGAUGUAUGCUUGGAUGGUGAAUGUAUAAUCCUGCUGGAAUAAUGGUCACUGUACGUGCUAUGUUCUAUAUAUGCCACGUCAGUAAAUAAUUUAUUGUUGUAACAAAAUAAUGCAAUGAUGUAUAUGAAAGGGGUGUGGGACCGUGGCUUAUACGUUGUAUGAAAGGGUUCUUUGCG